AGGUUAAAGUUUAGCAACGUGGGAUUUGAAGCAACAUGAACGUACUAAUGUAGUUUCGGUUUUCACAGAAUAGGCUUGACAUUUCAGCCACAACUUCUUAUUAUUUUAAAUAUGGCUUCUUUGGAUAAACCUGCUGUUAGUGACGCAUUGGUUAACUUAAUCUACCGGCAUUUGAAGGACAACGGAUACGAGAAAGCAGCCAACGUGCUCAAAAAGCAUAUUCCUAAGGGGGAGGAAGGUGUGGCAAACACGUCCUUACAUGAUAUUUAUAACAAAUGGACCGCGGGUUUGCAGAGCGGAAGUAAGGCUGCUGAAGCUUCCAGCAGUACAGCAAGUUCCAGUGACGACGAGGAGACCCAGAGAUCGGUUCCACUGGUAAAAUCCUCCAAGACCAAUACAACAGCAACUUCAGUCACCAACACAGAUGCACAAACGGGUCCCUCUACUGCAUCACCAUCUCAACCCAAAGGAAAGAAAGCCAGUAAGAAAGACAGCACGGCACCUUCUAAGAAGAACACACAGGGUGCAGGGAAACCAGCAAAACGGAAGGAGAAGACGGAUCCUCCAGCCCCAAAAGCCAAGAGGAGAAAGAAAAGCUCUGAACCAGAGGCAGCUUCCACAGUUUCCUCUAUUCCUACUACUUCCACUACAGACGCAGAUGGGUCAGACUCCGACAGCAGUCUGGACGUGGAGAAAUGGAAGAAACUUGCUUUGGAACUGUCAGACGCUGAUAUUGCAAGGAUGGAAGCGAUCACCUCAGUAAACUCCAAGAGUCCAUCAAAUGGCAAAAAGACACCCAGAAAGAAACCGGCGGCAAAGAUCUCUAAAACAACUAGCUCAGUGAAGAAGACCCCUUCAAAACCAACAGGAUCCCAGAAGAACUCCCUGUCAAAAGCAGCUAAAUCAAAGACGGUCAAGAGCCCAUCUGAUGACAAGAAAACAAAAAAGGUUCAAGAGGCCAACAAGACAAAAACGAAUAAAACUAAGAAGGAUCCAUCAAAGUCGGCGAAGGUCAAGACUACUAAAGCCAUGUCUCAUAACGGUACUUCAGAAGCUAAGAUCACGGAGACUGCAACAGCUGACCAAAAUGGUAAGACCUCUAAAAAAUCGCAGAAAGAAAAGAAUCUCAAGACCCCCUCUAAAGAAACAAAAGCCACCAUUUACAGUGAGGUAGACAAUGCGGAGACUGCUGCAGCUGAUCAAAGCCCGAAGACAAAACCCCACAAGCGGAAGACUCCCAAGACGACCCCUUCUAAAGACGGUUCAACUAUAACCUCAUUACCAGAAAAUGUGUCUCCUUCUACCACAGAAACUGUAAAAACAAAUUUAAACAGCAGCAAAACCAAUACAGCAGUUGAAAGUAGUACAACACCCUCAAAGGCUAAGAAACAUAAGACACCUAACACCCCUUCUAAAGAUAGUGCAGCAGCUAAUUCGACAGAAGUUGAAAACCCAGAGAAGACUUCAAAAGCUGGCAAAGACAAGACCCCCUCAAAAGACCGUAAAGGCACAACCCUUCCAGAAGACGGUACGGUGACAAAUUCUACUGUUGACGGCAAGACAGCACCUGUCUCAGUUGAGCAAAAUGGCAGCUCAUUUUCAACACCAGCUAAGACCUCCAAAAAAAGUAAAACUAAGACUGCAGCGACCGAUAGUAAGAGCACAGAUUCUACUGAAGGUCACAAUGCAGAUACCCCUUUAAAGAAAAACAAAGAAACAGUCACACCAGCUGAAGAGAGUGCUAACACUAGCAACACAAAACGUAAAAAGUCAAAGACUCAUAAAACCUCUUCUACAGACAAUACAACUGAAGGUUCCCUAGAAGUUCAAAAUACUGAGAUCCAACUGAAAGGCGAUGAACUCGUCAGUGCUCCCCGAGAGGAGAGUGAGACUCCAUCCUCUGAUCCUCCUGUGGAGAAGAAGAAGCACAAGAAGAGGAAAAAGGAGAAAGAAAUUGCUGUCGAGGAGGUUGUUGUUGAGGAGCCAGCACCUCAAGAGGUCCCCUCAGAGCUAAAGAAAAAAAAGAAGAGAAAGAAGAAUAAAGAUGAAGCGGAAGAGAGGAGCGAGGAGCAAAGCCAACAGAGUGUUGCAGAAACAGAGCCACCCACUGCACUGGAGUCGCUGGUCACUGUGACCACUUUGGAACCCACGGUUGAGAAAAAGAAGAAAAAAAAGAAGGACAAAGACAAGGAGAGAGAACAGGAGGAAGUGACCUCGGUGCCGUCGACCCCGUCAGCUCCACCCGAGGAGGAGGCCGUUCCUAAAAAGAAGAAAAAGAAGAAGUUACUGAGUAACCAGCCCGUCACAGAUCUACCUGAGCAGCCCUGAGCCCCAGGACAGAUACGCCCCAGGACAGGUACGCCAGAGGACGGGACGAUGUCCAGCCGAGGCUGCCCCUUACUGAUGGCCAUCCGCUUUGGAGGGCACCUCUUUGGAGGCUCCGAGAGCCCUGAAGGAGCCUCGAGAUGCCCAUCCGUCCACACAGACUCUCUCUGAGAAAGGGAAAAAAAAAAAAGUUUUAAAGACAAAAAGCAGAAGGGAUUCCCUUCUCGAAGAAAGAAGCAAAGAAGAAAGGAAGACAUACUUGUACUGUCUUUAUAGGUUUUUUUUUAUCAAACCCUUUUUAUAUGUUUUAAAAUAUGUAGUUUUGUAAAUCCAGUGUUAUGUCUUUUUAUUUUUGUGGCACCAAUUAAGGAUCAUGCACAAUCAGGGAAAUACACCUGAAGUGAGAUGUGGUGGUGAGAGCUGGAAAAGACAACUGACAGUCUAGCGCAGAUUAGACUAGAACAGAAUAGCUUACAUCAGCCAUGUGUUUAUAUUCACACUCUAGUAAUGGUCAGCGUCCACAUACUGUACAUUGGGCUCUUCUCAUUCGGCUUUUUAUCUAUCCUCCCUCCCUUCCUUCCUUGGUCCUGCAGCUCAUUCCCACUGAUCUAUAAAGAACACUGGAUAGACUAUUGUUGCCACCCGUCAUUCUUUAUAGAUCACUGGGAAUUAGUCUGAGGAUCGAGGUGUUGAAAGAGCCUGUUAUGUUGUAAGGCAAUGGUUUUAAAGAAAACAGGACUGUAUAUGGAAAAGAAUUGUGACACAAACAUUUUACUUUGUGAAAAGAGUGCCUGCUUGUUUGAUAACUAUCAUUGUAUGAAGUCAGAGUUUAAAAUAAUAUUUUUACAUGUUGUUUCUCAAGGUUUCAACAAGAACAGGAUUUUAAUAAACCUUUUGAUAA